GUCUUCCAUUGGCUAUCUUCAAAACAUGAUGAUUUUUAUAAUAUUCACCGCGUAUGAAUUAUUGUUACAGAUUGUAGCUGCAAAUCAUUAUAAAUUUGUCAGCAUGAUUUCGCUCUUUGUGUUGUUUUUCCGGAAAGAUAUGAAUUGAGUCAAGGUUGUUAUUGUUUGCAUGAGAGUCUUAAUUUAAAGAGUUGCGAUAUGUUCUUGAGACGUACCUGUUACGAUAAAAUUAGUUGUUAAUAGAUUUCGUACACGACUCGACGUCACGUGUGAAUGAGAAGUGAUCGUGUUUUUCAUGGGAAGCCAAGGCAUAAGAAUUGUUAUCGGCGUUGUCACUAUCUGACGUGAUUGUGAUCAAGAAUAAAUGUGGUUGGAAUGCAUCCUGGACCGAUUCAAGUGCCUGUCUUCGUAUAUCCAACACCAAUCAUAUUUUAUCUUGAAGACCAAGCGUCACACAAACAAGUAUUAACUUUAUACAAUCCUUACGAAUUUCCAAUUAGAUUCAGAGUGUUGUGCACUGCUCCAAACAAGUACACAGUUGUAGAUCCUGAGGGUUCUAUUAGACCUCGCUGUUGUAUUGAUAUCGUCGUUAGACAUAAUGCAGUUACGUUGGCGAAUUGCAACAUCACAGAUAAAUUUAGGAUACAGAUGCAAAAUCAUACAACUAAACAGCUGAUGGGUAAACAGGACAUUCCAGCAACAUUGCUUCCAGGAAAAUCAAGUGGUGGUCCAUCAGACUCUUCAGAAGAAUUUCUUAGACUUCCAUCGGCACCUAGCACUGUGCAGCAGCAAUUUGGCUUGAUACGAGACCCUAGACCAGUGGGAGGCAGAUACCAAACACCAAACUAUGUGGUGGUUGUAGCGGCCAUUAUUUGUAUUGGUGCGUUGCUAUUGCCAACUCAGGGUGAUGAAGACUCAAGGUUUCCUGAAUAUCUUCAUCUUACUUCUAAUCUGAAGCUAAUAUUUGCAUAUGUUUUAGGUAUGGUGACAGUGGUUGUCUUGAAACCAGGCUAAACAGAAAAUGAUUCUCUGUGCACAUUUAAUGAGUGCAGUCGGUAACGAUAUAAAUACUGCUGAUUGAAAAAGAAGAGAGAAUUGUAAUGGCUUGAUAUGAUGCCAAUUUUAUCAUUUAGUGUAUUUCCAUUUGCUUUUAAAAUGAGUACCUGAAAAAAGUUUUUCAAGAAACAUUUUUGAGCACAUGUCCAUUUAUUGAGUUUCUAGUGUGUUUUGUAUUGAUGGCUCCAAAAAUACCUGAACACUGUGAAGUACUCUAGUAUAACCAUUUUUGCAAGGGAAAAAACCUUUAUUUUUCCUGUUGUACUUCUACUUUCAUUAUGUUUGUGUCGUGUAACUCUUUGCCUCAAUCCUCACCUUAAAAUGAACAUAAGCAACUUUGCUUUUGAGGAAAAAAGUCCAGUGUUUGCAUUGUAUAACUUAGAUAAGGAGGGAUGUAUAUGCCUCUUUCUUGUAUUUUAUAUGGUUAAUGUUCCUCUUUUUUAUAUAUUUUUGUCCUUUGCAAUUGGUUUGCUUGUUGACUUCUUCUGGAAGCACAGUGAUGCUAUGAAUUCUGAUAACAUUACAGUAUUUGUUGGAACCAUAAUUGUAUUUAUCAUGCCUGGACUUCACUAUUUUAUAAUAUAAUUCUCUCAUGGAUGUAAGGUGAUGCUGGUGCUGUUGUUAUUACAGCAUUCCAUAAUUUAUAUUCUGUCUGUGAUUGACUGUCUUGUCAUACCUGUUUUAUAUUCAGAUGCAUGUUUAAAAAUCCCAUUUUUUGUGUAAAAAUAUAUGAAUUUUUGUAAAAAAUUGAAAUGUAAAAACAAUACUGGAGAAGAGAUACCUAAAGUUAAGCUAAGUAAGCUACAUUUUUUAUCAGAGGAAGUAUAAUAAUCUUGCCUAAAAAUUUAAUUUUAACAGUCAUUGUCCUUCCUGUGACAAUCACGAUGCACCAACUACAGAGCUGGGGGGGCUUCUGCAAAGUUACCAUUUGCAAAAUACACACGAAUUACUCAGUGUGCACUUUUGUAACUUAUAAGGAGAUGCCAUAAACUGCAGAAAUGAGGUUGGAAUUCAUUUUAUUUUCUUGUGUUACAGAAGACUCCCCCUUGUGUUUCCUGUUUGUUUUAUUUAUUGUCAUUCAGAUUUGUGAAUGAUUUUAGUUCACUGUUUAUUCCCUCCUGUUUUCAGAGUCUUUUGUUUUGUCAUUCCCCUUCCCUUCCCUCUCCCUAUAUUAAUUAUCUACAAAUAAAACUUAUUUUGAUGCAUUAAAGUGUGGAUUCUGUUCUCUCUCCCAUCAUAUCCAUCAGUUGUCAGUAUUCAUUUUUCUGCGCUUUAUGCAUGGCUCUGUGUUUCAUUUCCUACUCCCUUUCUUUCGUUUUUUCCAAUCAGAUAUCUCAUCAGUCAUACUUUCCGUAAUCUUAAAAAUUAGAUCUCACUCUUGAAUGAAUUUUUCAAGACACUGUAAACAUACAACGCACACUUGAAUGCUUUGAACAUCUGGUUAAUAAUUUAAUAAGUGAGCCUGUGCAGGGGUUAGGGCAUAUUUUGGGUUCAAAUACCGAGCCUGCUUUCCAGAUUUAGGUUGUCCACAAUUUCAUAAGUAAGUGAAUGUCAAGGCAUUUCCUUUAAAAAGGCAACAGCCAGUCCUUACAACUACAUUGUCAUUGAAUAGGCAUUAAGCCUAAUUUGACUUACUUUUUUCUUCAUUAAUAAUUAAUUUUUCAUAGAGGUAUUAUGUUCCCUACAAGAGUAAGACAAGAAGAAAGGAAAGCACAUGUGUAUGGGUAAAUAAUAAGUGAGGCACACAUGCUUAUAAUAGAUCAAGAAAUUUGUUGCAUUCUUUAUCAUUAUGUUGGUCUGUAAGCCAUUGCCCCAUCUUUUGGGUGAGUAGCAAUCUAUCCAUGUUGUUGUUUAUCCUACCUGGACUUUCCAUUGUUUACAUUCUCUUUUCAGUAGUUUAUAUGUUCUCUCAGAUCCUCCCUUUUUACUGAUAACUAUAUCAGUAAAACCGCAUCACUAGUAACACUGGAUUGCGCAGGUCACCACUCUGCCAUUAUGAGACUGGACAAAUGACCAAAUGAGAAUGUAUGUUGCUAGUAAGUGUCUGUACAGAUCCAUUCAUCUUCUGAUGCCAGAACUAGGCAUAUGAAAACUUGACAUCCUUGUCAUCUUACAUAAUACUUUAUUUUCUACUUAUGUAAUAGAUUCAAUAGUCAUUUCGGUGCUUUGUCUUCAAAGAGUAUCCAAACUGCAAUGUACACAUUAACCAGUUGUGAAUAAGAGGAUUUCAUCAGAUUUAGAAAAUAACAUUUCCAACCAAAGUGCAUUUCAUCUAAAGUUUGAAGUAAUGACACAAGAGUUUGAUGAAUUAUUAGUCACCAUUGGACAGGCAUACAGAAAAUAUAAUUUUUCUUUCUGUGCACCCCAAGUUGUUAUUCAGUGUGUGGCACAUUGCCUUCAAUAUUUUUUGUCUGGUAGUAGCUCUUCAUGGGAGAGUAACAUGUGCUCUUUGGUACUGAAGCUUCUAUUAAUAUUAAAUCCAUCCUAAAUUUGUUAUGGAAUUAUGUUAGAAGAACUAAAAGUGUUAUCCAGUUUCUUUCUUUUUAACUCUAGGCAGGAUGUUAGUAAUGACUGCGCUAUUUCUUUUCUUUUGUGUUCACAUCUUGAGCAUCUUGUCACUCAGAUUGGGAAAUUCUCAGCAAAAGUUUUAUUUAUUCAUGUAACAGGCAUUAAAAUUUUAGAAAGCAAAACUUGUAAGUAUUAAUAAAAUAUGGAGGUAUAGACUAGUGAAGGAACAGUACUUAUCAAAAUAAUGUAUGAGACUAGAGAGGACUGCAGAGAGAAAAUGUAUUCUCUCUCUCUCUCUCUCUCUCUCUCUCUCUCUCUCUCUCUCUCUCUCUCUCUCUGCAAUUAAAGUCAAUUGAAGUAGCAAGGCAGAUGAGAACACAAUUUAUCAGUUUUCUGGAAGGCUUGAGGAAUACUGAAAUAGUUGGAUGGGCAAACAUAAUCAUCAUCUGUAGGUAGUUAUGGCAGAAAAUAACUUACAGAAGCGGAGAAAAGAAAAGCACAAAAACUGACAAUAUUACGAAAACCUGGAAGUAAGAUUAAUGAAAAGGUAUUAUGAAUGGAUUGCAAAGGAACAAAGAUGGAAUCAAAAUUUGGAGUUUGGGGGGGGGGAUGAAGGGGUGGACAAGGUAGGAGUGAUAUACAUACUGUACACCAUGAUGAUGCCACUAGAUGUCUUUAUGAUCAACAUGAUUAGUGAAGUGUUAGCACCUCAUUGUUGAUGUGAUAAGGAGGCAAAGUUGGUAGUUCUGAAGUUCAGAUUGUAGCAUCAGUUCCACCUGAUAUGUAGACAAGCUGAUGUAAUUUCCUCUGGCAUGCAGGUAGUAUGUGCUUUAGAAGUCAUCUACAGCUUUCUGAAGUCAUUUUAUGUCAGGGACUAUUAAAACCACCUUGACAUGCAAACUCCAACAUACUGUAGACUGUGCACUGGUAUAAUGUGCAAUAUAUUUCUGUCUUACUCACCCCUUCUUAUUCAUAGUUGUCAUGUCGGUAUGCAACAGUAUUUGCAUAGCAGUUGAUAUGCAAUGUGCACUCACACAGAGCUCUCUGUUGGUAAAAUGAAUCAAGAGUUCUCAAAUUGCAUUUUUCAAUGUUUCACAAGUCUUGUAAUCCUUGUCUAGCAGGGUGGAGUAGGGGAGGGCAGGGGGAGGCAGAACUUCAAAUACUCAUUGUUAAAAGAGAUGAAAUAAUCCAAAAAGUUACUCAUUGUGUUGUUACUGUUCUGUGUUAAUUUAAUAAAAUAUCUUUUAGAGUAUAUGAUAAGCAGUUGAAAUCUGAAAUGAGGCAUGAGAAACAUUUUAGAGGUUCCAUGACAAAAGAGGAAUUUUGCACUUUGGCGAAAUUUACUACUUAUGAAGCAAA